AUGGAUCAAGAUUCAUUCAUGUUUGAUGCUACCCCAAAACGUCGAACGACCUUUACGCCCCGUGAAGGAAAUCGUUCAUCACUGACCAUAAACACCAACAGUACUAAGGGACGAAUGACGGAAAGUGUUUCAAGUCCAACUUCAUCCCUUAAGGAAUCACCAAUCAGAUCGAAUUCAUACUACAAAACUCCUAAGAGAAGGUCCAGCAGCACUACUAAGAGGCAAAGUGUCGUUAUGGAAGAUGAGAGAGAGGCUGACGAUUUUGCAAAAUUUCUAAGCCCAACCGGAGAGAAGUUUUACCGAAAGCUUUCCGAAGAGGCUGAGAUGCAGCAACCACAAUCAAUCGAUACAGACGAGGAAGAAGUAGACUUUAAAGAAUUCCAAAAACUUCUAGAGAAGAGUAAACUGAAUGUCGAGAGAGGUGAAGAUGAUGAUUCAGUUAGACUCCUAAGACAACAACUCACUCAAGUACAGCAAAUCAAAUAUGAGAACCAAAAGAAGCAAAAACUCAUAAGUGAUUUGCAAAGACAAGUCGAUGACUUGUUACAAACUAGAGAUGAGGGUAUUCAAUUGCGAAACGAGAUUAAUAUUUUGAGAGAACGAGUAAGAGCUAAAGAUGAAGAGUUGAAGAGGCUUGAGAUUGAAUCGAAUGAUCGUAUUACCACACAAAAGGGAGUGGAGAAACAGCUAAGAGAUGAAUUGCUUCAACUCCAGCAAGUUCUUACCGAAGAGAAGACCAAAAGAGACGCAGAAUCGUCUCAAUUCAAGAAGGAAAUCGAUCAAGCAAGAGAAGAAGUUGCCAUUUCCGAGAUUAAGAGAGGUGAGCUUGAAAAGGAAUUGGCAGAUCUAUCUAUUUCUUUGAAAGAACAGCAGGAGCUGCAAGAUAAGAGAAAUAAGGGUCAAAAAGAGCUUGCAGAGAAGCUCCAAGAGCAAAUCGAAAUUCUUCUCAAUUCUCGAUCCGAGCUUACAGAUAAACUCAACGAGUCAGACAACAAGCUUAAAAAGAGUCAAAAGUCGAUCGAAGAUAGAGACUUGGAAAUUGACAAACUCAAGAGAAAGAUCGAUAGACUUGAGCAAGAAAAGCACGAACAAAACCUUACUUUGAACCAACUCCAAAACAACAUUAUCAACCUGCAAGAUAAGGUAUCAGAGCUCCAUGUUGAAGAGAAUUUAGUUGAAGAUCUAAAGAAGGAUUUAAGUAUCAUACCAGAGCUUAGAAACGAAAUUACUUCCACCAGAAAGAAGCUAGAAGAAACUCAAAACCAAUUGGACAAAGAGAAUCACAGUAAGCAAUUAGUUACUGAAGAGUUGAGAAAGAUGAGCGAGAUUAAUGAUAAUCUCGAAUUGUACAUUGCUGAUCUCAAGGAUGAGAAUGACUCUCUAAAGGACAAGAUCGACGAACUCUCUAAGGUUAAGGCUGAAAAUGAUUUCCUUCAAAGAGAACUUGCUCAUUACAAGGAGACCACCGAAAGAUUGACUGAUCAAUAUAACGCCACUGUUCAGCAACGAGAUCUCAAGGAGAGCGAAAUUACUCAGCUCAUGGAGCUUUGGCCAGUGAGUUCUAUGCCUUGA